AUGGACUUUUUCACUGUGCUGAACCAACGACAGCUGGAUCAAAACAGUGAGCUUCGGAGAAUAUACCGUGUCUCCGCAUGUUACGCUACAGCGGCCCUCGGGGCGCUACUUUUAGCAUCCGUCGCAGUCCCUAUGGACUAUUCAGCGGGAGUAAUAAAACGUGGCUUUCAACAUACUUUUUCCCUGAUGUUAUUUUUGACCUUCACCAUUGUGGCGUACCUCAUGAUGGUGCGGGCACUCAAUGUGCUUAGCACCAACCGUUUUAUUCUUUCGCCCGCCUAUGCCUCGUCGUGUUCAGCCCCCUUUGCGUUUUCCAUCGCAUUGCCUUAUCAGGCUUUCACUCGUAAAAAACGAGUCGUUCUCACUUACGCUCCGCUGUUUCUUACACUUAUGUGCUUGUAUGUUGGGCUUUUUGUAAAGUCCUACAUUUUGUACAUCUGUUUCUUGUUCUUGCAUAUUGUCGUGUUCUGUAUCUUGUGGAUCAUUUUGAGUCGUUUGAUUAGCCCCUUGCUUUAA